AUGGGCACAGCUGGAACCAGCUUCAGGCUCACCUACGUCCUGGCAACAGUGUCUUUCGAGAGAGACGACUGGUCCUUCAAUGACACUAAGUGGUCCAUUCUGCGGCAGCAAGCUGUGGGCGUGCUUCAAGUGGAGGAGCACCGUGCGAUGGCAGACCGCAAAGUUGAGGAGGCACUAGCGCGGAAUGCAUCCCUGGCAGAGCUUCGCACACUGGACGAGGCCCUGCGGGACACCGUCAAUUCCGACCUGGCCGGCCGCUUUCGCGAACGCUGUGAGAUGCUGGAAGGCCGGCUCCUCUCCCGGUGGACACUCUUUGGGGCCAUUGUUGCCUCCAAGGUCUCUACCAUGAGAGCUUGCACCCAGGGCCCAACGUGGAUCAAGGCGGCCAUCAAGCAAGCGAGAGGAGCUGGUUUCAGGAAGGAAGACCUGGAGCCGGCCUUAGACUGCUUCGACAGGAUGGAGUACCAGCGAAGGCUCCACGAAUCGCUGAUGGAGGCUGUCGGCCAAAAGGACCCUCCGCGACUACGUAGCAUCAUCAAGGAGAUGGAGGUCGUCUAUGUUGCCGAAGCUCCGGACCACCUCCACAGCUUUCGGCUCACGAUGGCGCGCGCGAAGCUGCAGUUUCUGGAAGAGCAGGCAGCCGCGGCGUCUCGACUUCACGAGCUUCUGCAAGUGCGGCGAAAGUCGCUGUUGCUGGAAUGCCUCCCUGUUGCCCUUAGCAACGCCAAGCGCUUGGGCAUCGACCCCCGUAGCAUCGCGAAGGGGGAGCAGAUCUUGCAACUGGCUUCGGCGCAAGAUCUCCUCCAGGCAGCUGUCGAAUCGGGCGACCGUCAGGUGGUGCGCGCAGCCCUGGAAAAUGCCCAGGGAUGCGACACUUUCAGCGAUUGCUCCCUGGAGGACAAGGAGAAGCAUGUUCGGCAGGCGCAGCUCUUUGAGAAGCUCUCGGAGGCGGUUCAGCGAAACCGAUUGCAGGCUGCCAGACAGCUUCUGCAAGAGUGGCAUGACCAAGCCUUUGACCGGGAUGCAGUGUGUGACAUCGAG